CACCUCUGGUCAUCGAUAGUUUGUCGGAGGAAAAAUGUCGCUUCUUCAAUCGACAGUUCCCGCCUUCUUUUCCCUUCUCCACUUCAAUCGCCCGAAACACUGUGAAGUACCUGAUUCUCCGAUCACAAUCCCUACUCCCCAAAAACCUCGGCAAAGCUCUAAGCUCUAUCUUCGCCUAUCAGCUUCUUCCGCUCAGCCUAAUUCGGAGCAAAACCCCAAUUCCGACCCUAAUCCAACCCCUAAAAAGAGAGGCCGUCCCCCCAAGCCUAAAGUCCCCCCGGAGACAUCCACAUCCUCUGGAUUGAGUGAUGACUUUCCGACAACGAUCCCCCGUAAGCCCCGGCGCGGGCGGCGGAGCGAGGCGGUGGCGGUCGAGGACUACGUUCGGGGGAGGCUGGAGCAGAUUUUUUCCUCCAUUAGAGAGCAUAAUGCUGAUGUUCUUGAGGGGAAAGAAGAAGUUUUGAAGCCGAGAGUUCAGGAGGCGGAGGAGGAUGGGGAGAAGGUGCACGUGGUGGAAGAGGAGGAUCCAAAGUGGCCGCUGGAUGCUGAUGUAGGAUGGGGUGUAAGAGCAUCGGAGUACUUCGAGAAGCAUCCAAUCAAGAAUGUGGUGGUGGAUGGCGUCGACAUUGAUUGGGAGGGGGAGAUGGAUGAAGGAUGGGUGCAAGAGAUUACUUGCUUGGAGUGGGAGAGCUUUGCUUUUCAUCCCAGCCCUCUUAUCGUUCUUGUCUUUGAACGUUACAAUAGGGCAGCUGAUAACUGGAAGCUUUUGAAGGAAUUAGAGAAGGCAGCCAAGGUGUACUGGAGUGCCAAAGAUCGUUUGCCCCCAAGGACUAUCAAGAUUGACAUGAACAUUGAGACCGACUUGGCUUAUGCUCUGAAAGUUAGAGAAUGUCCACAACUAUUGUUCUUAAAGGGAAACAGGAUUGUGUAUAGGGAAAAAGAAAUGAGAACAGCAGAUGAAUUAGUACAUAUGAUUGCUCAUUUCUAUUACAAUGCUAAGAGACCUUCAUGUGUUGAUCCAGCAGCAGUAGCCCCCUUUUAACUUUACUAAUGUGCUCUGAAAAGGCUUGUCGAUCCUAUAAAUAUUGCAGUUUUUUGUAUAAUUUGCUCUCUUCUUCUCCCAAAAGUCGGAUUUUAUAUGAUAAUAACAGGUAUACCACUUCUCAAUUGCAACAUGAUAUUAGCAAUUUUAUGCACUUUUAGUUCCUCUGAAAAGCAGUACAGUAAAUCAAUAAGAUUGGCUAUGUUUUCCUUUGCUUA